GGUAGCCAAGCUAAACAUUGGUACAAGGGAAGAAACAGAGAGGAAGAGAGAGAAGAUUUAGGGUUGAACAUUUCUGCGCUUUUCUCAAUAUGUCUGGCGGAGGAAAAGACAGGCUGAACAUAUUCCCUUCACGAAUGGCCUUAACGUUGAUGAAGGCUCGUCUGAAGGGAGCACAGAAAGGUCACAGUCUUCUGAAAAAGAAAUCCGACGCAUUGACGAUGCGCUUCAGGAAAAUCCUUAAACAGAUCAUAGAAACCAAAACUUUGAUGGGUGAUGUAAUGAGAGAAGCAACUUUCUCUUUAGCUGAGGCAAACUUUGCUGCUGGGGAUUUCAGCUAUGUUGUUCUGGAGAAUGUUGACAAGGCACAAACAAAGAUUCGUCUCAGGAAAGACAAUGUUGCUGGUGUUCAGUUACCAAUAUUUGAAGCAUAUGCUGAUGGGACCAACAGUUAUGAACUGACUGGUUUGUCUCGUGGUGGUCAGCAGGUUGGAAAGUGUCAGGAAGUCUAUGCAAAGGCUGUAAAACUGCUUGUAGAACUGGCCUCUCUACAGACUGCCUUCAUUACUCUAGAUGAGGCAAUCAAAAUCACAAAUAGAAGAGUGAAUGCUAUUGAGUAUGUUAUCAUUCCUAAAAUUGAGGCAACAAUAACAUACAUCAUAGGAGAGUUGGAUGAAAGAGAGAGAGAAGAAUUUUACAGGCUUAAGAAAAUUCAAGAAAAGAAGAAAAUUAUGAAAAAGAAGGCAGAAGAAGCAAAGAAAGCAAAAGGAAUAACUAAUGGUAAGAGUCAAUGAGUAAAUUUCAGUAACAUCACGUUACUAAGUACAGGGUAUAUAUAUUGACCUGUUCAGUGGUGGAUCCAGACCUCCAACUAAGGGGAGUGGG